UUSUUCAAGGAGAAUGUUCUGAGUGGAUAGAACAACACAACUUUAGACUGACCUCUUCAAACUUUGRAAAAGUUUAUUUCAGAGUCAAAACCCCAACAAAUGCAAUGCUGAACAGCAUAUUUGAGAAUCAAGAUUUAUCAAAAGUUAAAUCAAUUAAUCAUGGAAAAAUGAAAGAAAAAAUUGCAAGAAUGACAUAUGCACAUAAAAUGCAAAAUAAACAAAAGCACUUUGCAGUAUUUGAUGCAGGGAUUACUGUAAGUCCAUCUACUCCAUAUCUAGCUGCAAGCCCUGAUGGCAAAAUUUUUGACCCAUCAGGCAGCUCAAAAUAUGGACUUCUUGAGAUCAAAUGCCCUUUCUCAAAAAAAGAUGAGACUUUAGAACAAGCAGCUGCAGAUCCAAACUUCUAUCUUAAACUAAAUGAAGAUGGAAACUUUUACUUGAAGAGUGAACAUCGGUCAGGCUAUUUUGCUCAAGUCCAAGGGCAGCUAGCAUUAACAGGUCUGGAAUGGUGUGACUUUUGUGUUUAUUUAUCACAAAGUAAUGAGAUGUGCGUAGACAGAAUAUAUUUUGAUCAAGAUUAUUGGUCACAAGAACUAUUUCCAAAGCUUAAAGAAUUUUACAUGAAACAUGCUUUACCUUUUCUUGUUGAAAGAGAACAUGAUAUUUAACAGUAUGUUAAGGUUUGAGGUGUAUGUACACCUUCUGCAAAGCAAGAUAUUACAA